GAAAGAAGCAUUGAGCGCAGCAGUAGACACGAGAUUGCAUGUAAAAAGUGAGAGCGCGACGCGAGCGCCAGGCAGGGGCCAACGUUCAAGCAAAACAGUAUAGGAAAUAAAGUUACCUCCGUCGAUCUAUUAUUAUUGUUCUCGCUUCCGCACUCUCCCUCCCGCUCGCUCGCGGGAUUAUUGUUUGUUCAAUGAGACGUCAAGGCUGACAGUUGGUCUUUUCGGAGGCUCCUCGCGCUCAAAUCAACGGCGUCACGAAAGGUUUCCUCUCGAGGGAGUUUAAAACAUUCACCCUUGCAUAUAACAGAAGAGACACAUCAAAAGCCUUAGGAAUCACCUAUCUGCGUCGGUUGAGGGACUUCGGAACGUUAUCAGAUAGUGUGCAACAGAAGUCCCUCAUGAGUUUGAAUAUGUGAUUUAGCGUGAGUUGUAGGUAUGUGUAUUGUGUUGUUUACGCGAGUGUCAAGAGCGAGCCAGCUGCAAGAGUUUGUUCUAACCUCCAAUUUCUGCACAAUCAUUAUCACAAAGCAGAUUUCUCGUGCUUCUGCUAUAUCUGUAUUUCCCUCGAUAAAUGCAAGAUUAUGCCGUUGCUCUAGAAGAACGUGACUUUAAUAUCCGCAGUCUUGUACCUAUAUACACACAUAAGAGUGCAACAGCGAGUGACUCAUCGUGCGCGCACGGACUCUAUAUAGGAGCGAUUAGCGAAGUGACAGUAUAUGCACAGAGCUUGCACGGCACCGUUGUACUCGAUGGUGACUCCUGGCUUGUGUACUGGUUAGAUCGAGCUCUACGCCAUGGUUUGCGCAUUGAGCGCCAUGGAUAUUGGGGUACAGCCCGUGAACUUAGCCAUCAAGAUACAGUGGUUGUCAUACAUGCGCUACAGAAUGUAUUAACAUCAAUUGGAAAAGGUCGAGCUUGGCUAUAUCACACAUUGAGUGAAGGUAGCUUUGAAAGUUACUUGGCUUGUAUGCUGAGGGACAUCAAAACUUUGAAGAAGCAAUACUUCCAACAUGCUCUUGUACGAGAUGCAGAUAGAACUAACCAGCUGAUCAACUUAUUGGCUGGGCUGGAAAAUGUAUCAUUUACAUUACAGCUGGAUGUCACGUACUUGGACAUCUGCAACUACAUGCCACAGCGGCCUAUGAGCGGCUCACCUUCAGGUACAGCGUUGACUUUGCAUCUGCGCUCGACAAGCGUCUCUUCGAGUCUCGCUUCACCCGGCGACAGCGGCGUCGCAUUGGACAGCGACAUGGACGUCUCCAACGAGACCGACGCCAGCAGUUACAAAGAAGAGGAUUGGUCUACCGAUAACGUUUUAAAAUACCGUAACAAUAAAUACAAGUUAAACGAUAAUUGCACCAACGAUAAUAAAAAUUUGGAACGUUCGUUUUCAUCGAGCGACUCUGGAGAAGAUAAUAAUAAGACACCUAAGCAAUCGCCUGUUGCUGGUACUAAAUUUCACAAUUCCACAGUCUCAAAAAGCGAUAUUAUUAAUCAAAAUCUUACCAGCAAACUCGACGAUAACGAGUUGAACUGCUCAAGUUUAGACACGAUAAAGGAUUACAAUUUCUACAGUAAAAGCCUAGACGAAUCGAAGCUAGACCAAACCAAAACAGACGCGGAAAACAACGGCAUUCAAGCGCCAUAUAACAAACGCUCGACAUAUUACAGCGACACGAGCUACAGUUUCAAGAAGGCCUUAGAUCCUCGUAACUCAUACGUCAUCAACAAUGACACGAAUCUUCUCGAAUUGAGCAUGACUAUUUCAGACUGCGACAAUACGGAGGCGCCUUACAGUAUCCUCAAUACGAUCAACAUGACAGAUACGAGCAUACUGUCGUCGUCAGGCUCGGAAGCACUGGUCCAGCGGCGCCAACGAAAAAAGAAACGAGGCGAGAACAAAAAGCGCGUUAGUUUUCACGAAGAUAUUUUUAAAAUGAUGAAGCUUGAUGACGAUGAAAAUUACACGAAUUUUUCGAUGAGCUUCGCGCCACCCAACUCCGUACCGAAGAAGGAUGCUCAGAGGGGGAGGUACAGCUGGUGUGGUCAUGGAGACUCGCCCUAUGUACAGAAGACCGCGAACACGAGAAAUGCCUAUUCGGACUACUACUCUUCGUCUUCGUCGCUUAGCGUGUUCGACAGCGAUGCCGAUCGUAAAUCCAACGAUCAAGUGGCAAACGACGAUUGCGCAGAAGCAGUUCAGUGUGCAUGCAUGGCAAUGUGCGAGCGUGGAGUUCCGGAGGGUCAGGAAGAUCCGGCAAAAGCGAUGCGCCCGAAGAUCGAAAUCGAACUGGAAGAGAAUGAGGCGCAAGAGGCCUAUAUCGUCGAAAAAGAAUGCGGAAACAUUGUUGAAGAUCCGCCGACAAAGCUUGAAAUGCCCAGGUUGCCUAACACAAAGAAUCAGGGAAAGUACGCGAGCUCGAGCGACUGGUCGGACCUCGAAAGCAUUACGACUACCUCCGACUACAUAGAUGAUCGCCGCAACAGCGCCGGUGAUAGUGGGACCACCACCAACACGACUACGUCUAGCAGCAACAGUCGUCACCUGGCCUCGCCCAUGAAAAAGCGCAACAUGACCUCGAUCAUCUCUGGCGAAGGAAACAACAGACUACUCGCGCCUGCACUGAGACAAGCACCUUCGAAAACAUCGCUACUAAGCAGGUUUCUGCGUUCCAUCACCGAGCGUAAAUUCGAGCUAAAGAAGGAUAAGAAAAGCCAGCCCAGGGCCAGUCCACUGUACAUCAAAGGUGCAAAGAUCAAUCAACAGGAGAUUAAGGAUUUCGACGAGGCGCUCGAGAAGGAGAUUCAAGAGAACGUGACUGCAGGAAAGAGGGAAUUCAGCGGGGAGAAGAUAAGUUUGAAACUGAGAGAGGUAUUCAAGAGAAAUAUUUAUAGAGACAAGACGGAGGAGUUGUACAAGGUUUAUAAAGUGAGAAGCUCGUACAUGACUAAUGGCGAGAGCAAGCCGAUGCUGGCAUUGCUCACGGAUAAGACACUUUACUUGACGGGUCAAAAGGGCGAACACACGUACAGCAACCAGUUUGUUAUACCGUACAAUGAGCUCGAUGUUAUCAUGUUGAUUCAUGCAUUGCAGAUUGGACCUAAUGCGCAAACAAUUUUAAUAUCAAACGCUGAUUAUGAAAUGCAGUACUUAUUCUCAACAGGAAGUAGUCAGACUACUUCAGAGCUUAUAACUCAUUUGGAAAUCGCUAUGAGAAGAUCACCGUCCAAGCCUAGACUGCCGGCGGUCAAGGAAUUGAAUUACGAUGAUAUGCAUAGUCUCAAGCAUUCUAUUCUAGCUGAAACAGCUGUUCAUCCGGAUGAAAAAAUCGAGCACUACAGCCUCAUAUACAUGGAGGACGAUCACAUUUCACCGCCAACAACGCCGUGCGGUCCAACCAAGGAAGGCGAUCUCAUGUUCCGGCCUCACAUUUACCACACACAACAUUCUAACGCACCAACUAGCCCCUGGGAAGCUGGGUAUUUCGUUCUGAAAGGUGGAGUUGUCUACAUGUUCACAGACAGUAGUCAAAGAUUACCGAAACGGGCCAUUCCGCUUAAGGGUGGCCUCUGUCAGGGCUGUCGACGAAUUCCUAACUCUCAUCGUCCACAUACCUUCGAAAUUCUACUGAAACCCAAUAAAGCGUUCCAGUUUGCUGCUCCAGAUGAGUAUGUAGCAUCAGAGUGGCUGCAGAGCUUCGUUCAAAGUGCUUCAGGCCUUUUUGAUUGCUCCGAGAAGAGAGAUCCAUUGGCCUGCAGCUUAAUUGUUACUUCGAAACAUUUAGUAACGAUGAAAGAAGUAUUUCCUGGGACGCAGAGAGGGCAAACGCUCUCUUGUGCAAGCAUUGAAGAUCUUUCUGCUUUUCGAGUGCCUCUAGCACAACAAUCUUGGUGCAUACUGGAGUUUGCGUGUCGAGAAGUUCAUGAGAGCAGUGGAGAUUGGGUCGUAUACUUUACAAAUUACAGAGAGCUUUGCGCUUUUCAAGAAAUUUUAGAAACACUGUGGGCAAAUACGAAAGGGGGUGAGUUUCCAAUGUCAACUCUACCACCUGAAGACAAACUUCAUCGUCGCUGUUCAGAUGCAAACAAAAACCUCGAACAAGCUUGGCGAUAUUUGUUACCAAUAGGAGUUGACUAGUAUUUUAGUAUACUUAAUAGAUUCGAUUUUUGCGUAAUCCUUAAAUCACUACUCCUUCAUCAAAAAUAGUUAAGCGGCCCGAAUUUUAAAGUAAGUUAUAAUAUAUAUAAACCAAAAAGAAACAAAAGUACACGUAUCAUAUCGUCGCUUUGCUUACCUGAAUUAUUAUUCAAUCCAUUCAAGUUUAUAAUAUUAUGAAAACUGAUUCGAACCCGAGCUCCGAUAGUCAGUUUCAUUGAUCAAAGAUAUAUAUAUAUAUAUAUAUAUAUUUUUUGUUAUAAUCGGAAUUGUUAGAACUCUAACAUAUGAGUGCAAUAAUUGUUUUGUUAUAAGUAUACGAAAGUUUCGUCAUUUAUUUAUAAUUCUGAAAAGACUGUACAUAUAUUUAUGAUUAGUUAUCGCGUAAAUGUCUAUAUACGUUUAUAUAUGUACUCGCAUUUAUCGAGAGGGCGGCUAGGAAGUAAUAACGGUGCAUUCAAAGAACAAAAUGAUUUGUAUCCAUCUAUAUCGACACCAUAGUAAGUUUUUUUGUCUGCGGCAACUCUUGAAAGGAUAAACUUUCGCACUUGAUAGAGAUGCAACUGAUUAUUAACAUUCCUAGUACCAAGAGAAAAAAUGCCUUAGCUUUGCAAUUCUAUUUUUUGUAUUGUCUUAUAGCGUAAAAAAAAAGUUAUAAUAUGAGUACGGCGUGUCAGGUCAGGAGUGUGAGGAAAGAACAUUAUUUUCCUCCAUUAUUUCAAAUUGUACAGAUAUCGCGACUCGCACAGAAUUAAAUUGUAUUAUAUCAAAGGUGCUUCAGUUGCCAAUAAGCAAAGUACAUCUCAUUUCUUUAAUGAUAAAAGAUUAUUGGAGAUUAUUUAUUAACAAAAAAGCAGUAUUUUUAUUCAUACCAUAAGCUUUGGUAGCAGCUUUCCAAACAUCACAUACUAAUGGAAUAUUUGAUGAAAUGUAUGCAUGAAAUCGCUUUAUUUUUUAAAGUUUUAUUUUUCAAUUUUGCCCCGUGGUCCCCUUACUGUGCUGCGAAUUGCGAGUAAUGACUUGCUCAAAUAUUAUAUUGUGAAUAUAUAUAUAUAUAUAUAUAUAUAUAUAUAUAUAUAUAUAUAAAUCUAUACGUUAAAGCGAAAUAUACAGACCACGUUAUUACUCGCAAACCCACGAAUUGUGAUAGGAAGUUUUUAGUAAAUAAUCGAUGGCAGUGCAUCGAACAACUGUUCAAAACCAUGAUACACUAAUAUCAGUUACUCGUGAUUUAUCUUCAGAAUUAUGAGAAAAACUAUCAUUAAGCAAAAGUGAUUAUUUUUAAUUUUGAGCAGUAAUGAAUUUUCUGUUUAUUUUUAAUGUAAUUUGUGCCGUCAAUAAAUGUUUUCUCCGACUAAUAAAAACUUUUUGUUUACAUUUGUUUUGUCUAACAAUGAUUAAUGAUACAAUAGUUUGAUUUUUGUUAUGCGAUAGUUUUGCUGAUAAUUCUCUACUUAUAUAUAAUAAAUCUCGAUGCAAUGGAUGUAUAAUGGCAUAAAUUUUUGCAUAAUAAUGUAUUGAGUUUCAUCGUACAUCGGCUACACAAGCGUUGAGACUUCUCACGCCGGUGCUUCUGUAGGUCUUUCGCCUAUGUACCCGUUGAGCACAUUCUAACCAGUGGUAACCGAUUAUCAAAGAUGUAUCGAUUAUAAUCGAAACUCAAUAAUAAAAUUGUAUGAAUGAA